AUGGAGCUGUCGCUGCAAGACCAAGAAGACUGUCGCGACCUGACCAUGCAACUUCUUGAUCGUACGCUCUACGACUGCGAAGAACUCGGUCUGGGCACGACGCACACGGGGGGCCACGCCGACUUGGACAGCCGACGGUGGCGCAAGUUGCAGUCCACUGUCGACGUGUCGGUCUACGCCUACCGCACGCCCAGCAACGCCUGGCUCCCCGUCAUGAACCGCAACGACUGGGAACAACCAGUGGCAAUCGUUACGGUCGGGCAGCUCCACCGCUCGCUGGAUGACCUGUUGCUGGCGUUCCUGACGCCGACCGUCGCGACGAUUCGCCUUCGUGGACUGCUCAUGGGCCGACGGCCGGAACAGGACAUGGAGCUCGUGCCCAUUGUGCGCGCGAGCGAAUCGUCGCCGUUCCAGUUCUUAGGCGUCCUGCGCUUCGUCAAUACGCAGCACUGGCCCUUGACAAUGUUCGUCGGCCCGCGCGAGAUGGUCCUCACGCUCGCAACGGGCGAAGUCGUGACGGCCAACGGCCGACGCUUUGGCUAUGAGAUUGUGCUGUCCGUGCCCGUGUGCCGGAAGCACGCGAUGGCCCGCACCCAAGUGCUCGAGACCCGCGUCUUCUGGGAACAGCCCGACGGCACUGUCGGGAUGUACAGCAAACUCAUUGUCGACAUUCGCAAUCGACUGCCCGAGUCCGUGAAGCUCGGGAUGCUCUGCCGGGGCGUCCUGCGCUUCUGGAAGUUCAUUCCCCGGUGCAUUGCGACAAAGAAGUUGCGCUGGUGCCUCAAGUACAAACGCGUGUUGUUUCCCGACGUGCCGAGUCGAUUGCAAGUCAUGGGCGGAGGAGGAGGAGGAGGCAGUGUACGAAGCACUUGUGGCGGCUGUGGGGCCAAUCCAUUGACACUCGUGGACGCAGUGAGUCCUCGGAAAAAAGGAGACGAGAACCGAUGUGGACUCUGCGACGUGUGGCUCUGCUGGAAGUCGGCGUGCCGAACCGCCUGCCAAGUGAUGGCAGUGGUUAGCGAAGGACCGCUCGUGUGCGAGAAAGAGCUGGCGCUGUGCCCGCGAUGCAUAGCGUUUGCUGCGAACGUCAGUGCCGUUACGGUCGCGCGCUCGGAGCUCUUUGACGCACGUUAG